AUGGCGCUGUUGGGGCUCGACACGGCACAGAAGCGCGGCAUCUUUGCCGGGUACGUGCUGCUGUGGGUCUCCUCCCACCUCCUCGUCUACUCAAGCCGGCGAGCCGGAGCGCCGCCGUACAACCCUGCCUCAGUGGUGCUGCUGACCGAAGCGGUCAAGCUCGCCCUCGCGCUCUCGCUCUACUUUGCCUACGACGCCGGUGCCCCCACCACCACCGGCGGCGGCUGCGCCAAGCUCGCCGAGCACGUCUCCCUAGCGCCAGAGCUGCCACUCAAGUACAUCAUGCCCGCGCUGCUGUACUGCGGGUACAACAACCUCGUGUACGCCAAUCUGGCGGCCCUCUUUGCCCGCCGGCUCAACCGCAACCAGUGGCUCGCCCUCGUCGCAAUCACCCUCGGCUGUGUCGUCAAAGAGGCGCCUUCGCUCUCUCCUCUUCGCGGCCGCUGCGGCGCGUGGAUGCUGCUGCUCGUGCAGAUGCUCUGCUCCGUGCUGGCGGGCCUCUACAACGAGCUUCUGCUCAAGGACCGCGCCGGCGUGCCCACCCACCUGCAGAACGCAUACAUGCGCGCCGCCGCCGCCGCGCUCUGCAACUGGCGCGUGUACGCCGCGUCGGUGCUCUGCAACCUGCUUGUGCUCCUCUUCGAGGGGAGGCUCGGCGAGGCGGUGGCGCGCGACAACCUCUCCGCCCUCUGCACGCCGACCCUGCUCGCCGUCGUCGCGAUCAUGUCGUCGGUCGGCGGCGUGAUGGCCACUCCUCCUGCGACACCCGGAGCAUUCGCCGAGCCCCUUUGGAGCGCCCUCCCGCAGGUUGGCGUCGUGACGGGCUUCUUCCUGCGCCACCUCGACUCGGUGCUCAAGGCCGUCGCCUCCGCCCUCGAGGUCGUGUUCUCCAUGCUGCUCUCGUCGCUCCUCUUCGCGGUGCCGCUCACGCCGCAGGCAGCCGGCGCCGCGCUCCUCGUCGGCGGCGGCGUCGCGCUGUACGCCCGCCCGCCCAGCCAGCCCGCGGAAGCCACCACGGCACAAGGCUACGCCUACUCGCCCGACGCCGCCGACAGCGCGAGCAGUAGAAGAGAGUAG